AAACAUUCCACGCAGUGCCUAACGUAAGCCGGUCGGGGCACCACCCAAGCCUUGGGUCAGGACUGUUUUCCCGUUUCGAGAAGACUCCACCACACUCCACACGGCUCCACUCAAGAGCCGUUCCAAACAUGGCGCAGGCAGGGGUGGAAGGCAGCCUCAUUCCCGGGGCGCAAAGGGGAGACUAAUCUCCCGGAAACUCGGAGUACAGAAUCGAUAACCCCACAAGAAGCUAGUUGCCGCGAAUGGGCCUUGAGGAAAAAGUGGGUCGGGCGCAAGCGAGCUGUUCAGACGCACUUCACAUCAAAGACUCGGUGACAACACAGGGAGAUAAAAACGACCACGGGCGCAGGCGCGCGGAACCACGACUAGCGCGCUUUGGGACGACCCCUCCCGCUUCCCUCAAAGGCCAAGGAAGUGGCUCCGACGCGCUUGCGCGGGGACGGAAUGUUGGGGGGAGGGGGAACCCUUUCCCUUCUUUGUGAGAGAGAACCGCCCCCGCACGGCGAGCGCGCGCGCGCUCACGCACCACUCUCACACUCCGGCGCGCCCCGGGCUUUCCGCCCGGCGUCUCGCGCAUGCGCGGAGAGGAAAGCGGUAGCGAAGUCGGAGGCUUUUUGGCGAGUUUCUGUGAGAAGUUUCUGGAAAGACGGAGCCAAAGGGAUGCUGGGGGGUGGGGAGCGCAAGGAAGCAAGCGUUUGAAAGAAAGCGAAAAACCCCAAGCACACCGCCACACCUCCAACCUUCGAGCCACGGCCCAAACAGAGCCCAAGUCCACUGAGACCCUCAUGCCUGGGAAAAAGCAUAGGGACCGUGGCAGCCGCUCCUCCCUCUGCCACUGCUUAGCCCCCGAGAUUCCUCAGCAUGGGGAGAGGGCAGGGGGUAGCCAUGAGAAGCGUAGAGCGCCCACUGGACGUUUGCGAGGUGGAAAGAAAGCCGAAACCCAGGCUUUGGAGCCGCCUCCGCGCACGGGCCCCCUCGAGUGGGCUCAGUACGUUAGGACUCAGCGUGGCCGCCGAAGCAUUGGGUUGGGGACGUCUUUCACUAAUUUUUUCUAGGUUUUCCCUCCUCUCGGGCUCUGUAGUCUCUUCCCCGCCCGUCUUCACUUUGGUGGCCUGACGCUAACGCUGCGAGUGUGGGGAAACCGUAGUAACCCCGAGUCUGAGGGGCGCCCUGGGCGGCGGUGUUCCGUCGCUUCCAGCCGUUUCCCCUUUAAGGAAAGCCCCCGAGAAGGGCCCGUGUGGCCGAGUAAAGGUAGCGUGCGCCCGCACAAAGGCGCCGCGUUCUUGGCGGCCCCGGACGCGGUCGCAGGUGACGCCGGGCGCCCUGGGCGGGGCGGCGUGGGAAGACUGGGGCGCCUGGGCGGGUAGAACGACGUUGGCGCUCGCGGGGCCAGGGCGGGGGGAGGAAGCCACGGCAUCUAGCAGGUGCCUCUUCGCGGCCGAGCGACUGCCAUUUUGUGGUGCGGUCGCCGCCAUUUCGCGCGGCCGAGGGGCGGGGUAUGGGCGGAACGGCGGGCGCGCCCGGGCCUUCCCCCGGGGCGGCGGGCGAACGCGGCCCCUUUGUUCUUUCCUUCUUGGCUUGAGGCCCCAGUCUCGACAGCUGACUGCCUCGAAACCGGGCUGCGUUCGAGUGGCCAUGCGGCGUGUGAACCUUGAAGCGCGGCCGGGGCGUCCGCAAGGCGGACUCUUCCGCCCUGCAAGCACUUCGAAAGUGAGAUUUCUCACCCCACCCUUGCAGGGUGGAGGGAAUACGUUUUAAAGAGGGGAUGGCUAGAACUCAGCCGUGGGAAGUGGCUGUCUAAAGCCUUGUGCUGGUGCCAGUAGCAGACCCGUGCGCGUGCUGGGCUUUGAGCGAUCAUGGCGUUCUGCAAAUAGCUCAACUGCAGAGCGUGCCCCUUAGAGAGCUUCCUGUGCUGCCCGGAGGCCUCACAAAGGUGCUAAAACCCGGUGUCCCCAGAGGUUGGCUUCUUUGGAAAAAAAAAAAAAAAAAAAAAAAGGGUGGGAUGUCUUUUGACGUGCUGGAAGACCGAGUAGAAUGAGACGUUGCUUUUCAUUGGCUGGCUAUGAAGCACGCACUGCGCAACUGUUUUCCAGAUACGGGUUUAUAGCCCAUUAUUUAUAUCUGAGCCAUAAACUUGAACAAUAGAUUGGAAUAUCUUAUUUCUGCCUGUUGAGAACAUCUCCCAUUUAACUUCUUUUUGAAGUCUCAGAUGCGUAUGUAAAUAAUACAUUGACCCA